GGAAGUGUCUGCGUGAUGACGUCAUCGCCGACCUUCCUUCUUUUCUAACCCUAACCCGGGAUUGUUUUAGUCCUUGAUGUUCUGUAGCAGGUUGACACAUCAUGGCGUUCUUCACUCACCAGAUCCGCAAAGGUUUCUCGUCUUCAGCUGUCAGGAAUGUCGUUAUUAAGCAUGUAACGAUCAUCGGAGGUGGGCAGAUGGGUGCAGGAAUAGCACAGGUUGCUGCAUCAACUGGCCACUCUGUGACUCUGGUGGAUACAAAUGAGGACAUCCUUAAAAAGGCUGUCAAAGGAAUUGAAGGGAACCUUAAAAGAGUGGUCAAGAAGAAGUUUGCUGAUAAGCCAGAGGCAGGGGAAGAGUUCAUCCAGAAAACCCUGCAGAACGUGUCAACCUCGACAGAUGCCGGAUCUGUAGUUCAGGGCUCGGAUCUCGUGUUGGAGGCCAUUGUGGAAAAUCUUAAAAUCAAACAGGAUCUCUUUGGUGGUCUUGACAAGCUGGCUCCAAUACACACCAUAUUUGCCAGCAACACAUCCUCCCUGCCCAUCAGCGACAUCGCCAGCUCUACCAACAGGCUGGACAGAUUCGGCGGCCUUCACUUCUUCAACCCGGUCCCAGUGAUGAAGCUUGUAGAGGUCAUUGCAACCUCCGCAACAAGCCAAGAAACCUUCGAUUCCCUCCUGAACUUCAGCAAAAAACUAGGAAAAACAUCAGUGUCCUGCAAGGAUACACCAGGAUUCAUUGUAAACCGCCUACUCCUUCCCUACAUCAUGGAGGUCAUCCGGAUGUAUGAGAGAGGUGAUGGAUCCAAAGAGGACAUUGAUAUUGCCAUGAAACUUGGUUGUGGUUAUCCCAUGGGACCCUUUGAGCUUGCAGACUAUGUAGGACUAGACACUAUAAAGUUCAUCAUGGAUGGAUGGUCUGCAGCAAAUCCAGACAACCCGGUCUUUGCACAGAGCGAGUUGCUGACAAAGUUGGUUGCGGAGGGCAAAUUGGGCAAAAAGACAGGAGAAGGAUUCUACAAGUACAAGUGAUUUAGUUCCACAAUGUUGCUAGUUCUGUGGGGAAGGACGUCACUGUGAAACUAAUCAGAACUUCAGAAAAUAAGCCAUCCAACAUGGACAGAUGUGAAUGGAAAUAGAAAAAGUGCCUGUGCCUUCUAUAAUAAAGGUUGACUUUUGUCUCAGUCCAUUUUCUUAUGGACGUCCACUGAA